GCAGCCGUUUGCCAAACUCAACCUGACCCCGGAGCCGUGGAUAAGGGAAGCAAUAUUGAAGCGUUGUGCUGCUCUCGCUUCAUGCAUCGCCAAUAACAGCCUGCAGCUAGCAACAGCACACGCAGCGACAUACAUGUAGACACGCACGCCACAUCCAACAGCGAGUGGGAUCGUGUCUUGCCAUCCGCCAUCAAGCCCCAUACAUCAUCAUUAUCAUCCAUCGGCCCCUCUUCACCCCGCCGCCCGGGGCAUCACUCACGCUCACUCAUCGCCCAAACUCACUCAAAGCAUCUCAGUCUCGCAGCAGACGCUCGCCAUGGCUCCGCCCACAGACAGAGACGAGAUCCUCGCCAGGCUGCGCGCGCAAAUCGACGCAGGCACGCCCAUCGUCGGCGCCGGCGCGGGCAUCGGCCUCUCGGCCAAGUUCGUCGAGGCCGGCGGCGGCGACCUCAUCAUCAUCUACAACAGCGGGCGCUUUCGCAUGGCCGGGCGGGGGUCGCUGGCAGGCCUGAUGCCGUACGGCAAUGCCAACGACGUGGUCCUCGAGAUGGCCAACGAGGUCCUCCCCGUCGUCCAGCACACGCCCGUCAUCGCCGGCGUCUGCGCCACCGACCCCUUCCGCAGCAUCCCGCGCUUUCUGCGCCAGCUGCGCGACCUCGGCUUCGCGGGCGUGCAAAACUUCCCGACCGUCGGGCUCAUCGACGGCCAGUUCCGCGCCAGCCUCGAGGAGACGGGCAUGUCGUACGCCCUCGAGGUGGACAUGGUGGCCGAGGCGCGCGCCUUGGGCCUGCUGACGACGCCCUACGUCUUCGACGAGGACCAGGCCGCGCGCAUGGCCCGCGCCGGCGCCGACGUGCUCGUCGCCCACAUGGGGCUCACCACGGGCGGCAGCAUCGGCGCCUCCGCGACGGCGGGGGGCGGCAAGACGCUCGACGAGUGCGUCGCCCUCAUCCAGCGCAUCCGCGACGCCGCCGUCGAGGUGCGCCCGGACGUCAUCGUCCUGUGCCACGGGGGGCCCAUUGCCGCGCCCGAGGACGCGCGCUACGUCCUCGAGCGCACCACGGGCGUCCACGGCUUCUACGGCGCGAGCUCCAUGGAGAGGCUGCCGGUGGAGGAGGCCAUCACCGACAUUACCCGGCGCUUCAAGGCACUGCCGGGGGCGAGGAAGUGAUGGGCGGCGCCCUUUGGCGUGGACCAUGAACGGACACAAUAUGAAGUACUACUUAUUAUUACUAUCUUGCGCCUGGGGUGGUUGACAAGGCC